GGCAGAAAGGCGGCGUGUUUAGUGUGGCAGGCGUAGUGUCAACAAAGGCCGCUGCCCGAGGUGGUCUUCACAUUGUACACACCCUCGUCUGUGUUGCCGCGGACGCACACCUAUACUGACACUCACCACACUGCUAGCAAAGGUGUUUGGGCAACUUUAGACAGCCAACAGGUGAAGGAAAGAUGUCUCAAGAUUCUGAAGAUGUGUCAGCUGGUAAUCAGACUGAGGAGUAUGAUGAACCCACUGUUGAGUCUGAUCCUGAGGAGGAACCAAGAGCUGAUCCUGAUGAUGAUGAGUGUGAGGAUCUGGUCAUCCUGGACCCAAAUGCUGUGGAUGUUGACUUGAAUCAUCGCCGUAUUGAUAAAAUAAAAAAUCUUGAAUCCUUGAGGUGUGUGGAGACCCUCUGUUUGCGAUGGAAUCUCAUCAAGAAAAUAGAAAAUCUACACACCCUUACAAUGCUGAAGGAGCUGGAGCUGUAUGACAACCAGAUUACUGUUAUUGAAAACUUGUCUGCACUUGUUAAUUUGGAAACACUGGAUAUAUCCUUCAACCGAGUAAGAAAAAUUGAAAACUUGGAAGGAUUGGUCAACCUAAAAAAGAUAUUCUUGUGUGCUAACAAGAUUUGCCGAAUUGAAAAUCUCAACCAUUUGAAGAAUUUGGAGCAUCUUGAGCUUGGAGACAACAAAAUAAGGGUCAUUGAAAAUUUGGAUGGAUUGACAAACCUGAAUAGUAUAUUCUUGGGUAAGAAUAGAAUUACAAAACUGCAGAACAUGGACUCCCUCAUCAAUUUGAAAAUCCUUGGUGUGCAGAGUAAUCGACUAACAAAAAUAGAAGGAUUAGGUCGCCUUGUAAACUUGGAGCAGCUGUAUUGUUCCCACAAUGGCAUUGAAGUGCUGGAAGGUCUUGAUAACAACGUGAAACUCCAAACCUUAGACAUGGCUGUUAAUAGGAUAAAAAAGAUUGAAAAUAUUAGUCAUCUUACAGAGAUAGAGGAGUUCUGGUUCAAUGGCAAUGAGAUUAGUGACUGGAAUGACUUGAAACAGCUAGAAAAUGCCAAAGGAAUACAAACUGUCUACCUUGAGGGAAACCCACUGCAGCGCAGUGCUGAUUACCGUCGCAAGAUUAAGAUGGCUCUUCCGUCAUUAACACAGAUUGAUUCUACACUUUGCCGAUAAUGGGGAGGGGAGGUGACAUGAAGGGAGGUUUGAGAUGAGACGAAAGAGGGGAGAGGAAAGGAAAAAGGAGGAAGGAACAGGUGCCGGAUUGAUGAGCAGCAGCUCACACAGCUG